AUGUGGAGGAGAAUACUCCGUCAAUUCAGCACAAAAGUCAAGCCAAAAAAUCUACGACUCGAAAGCAUAUCACCAAAAGUCAUUAGAGCUGAAUACGCAGUCAGAGGCGAUGUUGUGCUUAAAUCAAUGGAGAUGGAAGCUAAAUUAAAAGACGGCGUUAAAUAUCCCUUUACAGAAAUAAUCCCGUGCAACAUAGGAAACCCUCAAAGUCUCGGUCAGAAUCCACUUACAUUUGUCAGGGAGGUUUUAUCUCUGAUUGUAAAUCCAAAAUUAUUGACUUUACCAGGAAUCAGCCAAAUUUAUGCAUCAGACGUUAUUGAAAGAGCUCAAAUUCUAUUGAAUGGGACAACAGGAGGUGUCGGAGCUUACACAAUGAGUCAAGGGCUCCCAGUAGUGAGAAAUAGCAUUGCAAAAUUUAUAGAAAAACGUGAUGAGAUGGGAGAAGUUGACCCAAAUAAUAUCUAUUUAACGAGUGGGGCGAGUGGAGCUGUUGAGUUUCUAUUCAAAAUUAUUAUUUCAAGCGAAAAAGACGGUGUUUUGGUGCCAAUUCCUCAGUAUCCACUUUAUAAUGCUUUAAUAGCUUUACAAGGAGGCUCAGAUGUAGGAUAUUAUAUUAACUCAAGCAAAGGACACUGGGAAGUCUCAAUAAAAGAAAUGGAAAAAGCUCUAGAAGCUUCAAAACUAAAAGGAAUCAGAACCCGAUGUCUUGUUGUUAUAAAUCCUGGAAACCCAACUGGACAAGUUUUACGAAAAGAAAACAUGAGACAGGUAAUUGAGUUUUGUGAUGAGCACGAUUUGAUGCUGAUUGCUGACGAGGUUUAUCAGCAUAAUAUUUACACAGAUUCUACACAGUUUCAUUCCUUUAAAAAAGUUUCACAAGAAAUGAAUUCACCCAUCGAAAUCGCUUCACUGAACUCUAUAUCCAAAGGGUAUCAUGGAGAAUGCGGACUGAGAGGCGGGUAUAUGGAACUCCACAACUUUGAAACACAGGUAAAGGAUCAAAUUUUGAAACUUGCAUCAAUUAGUCUUUGCAGCAACAGUGUCGCUCAAUGUGCAAUGGAGCUUAUGGUAAACCCUCCACAGCCAGGAAGCCCAUCGUAUGACACUUAUACAGCUGAAAAAAAUGCCAUUAUGGGAGCUCUCAAAAGAAAAUCCCAGCUGAUCCAUAAGCUUCUAAACGAAAUGGUUAACGUUCAAUGCAAUUUUGUGGAAGGUGCCAUGUACGCUUUCCCAGAAGUAAAAUUCUCCGCUAAAGCUAUAAGAGAGGCUAAGAAGAAAAACAUGCCAGUCGACAAAUUCUAUGUUUUCCGAGCUUUAGAAGAAACCGGAAUAGUCCUUGUCCCAGGGUCAGGGUUUGGCCAAAGGCCUGACACAUAUCAUUUUAGAAUCACCACACUAGUUCAAGAAGACAAGCUAAUUGAUCUUUUGAACAGGUUCAAAGCCUUCAAUGAUAAUUUCCAUAACCUUUACAGUUAA